GCUCUACGACUGUGUAACAGUGCAAAGACCUGUCGAUUCUAAUUAUGAUUUUGAUUUUACUCAAUUAAAAUUGCUAGUCUCGUUGGAUGAUGCAUUUAAGGUUCUACGACUGCAUGAAGUGAACGACCUUAAGCAG